AUGCGCGGCGCCGGGCGGCAGCAGAUCACCGCCUCUUCCCUCCGCGCGAGGCAGGCGACGGGCUCCCACGUCUUCACGAUCCACGAGUUCACGAAAGUCAGGGAGAAGGUGGCCAACGGCACCGCCGUCCUGUCAAGCCCGUUCCGCGUCGGCGGCCACGACUGGCGUAUCAAGUGCUACCCGAACGGCGAGACUGAGAAGGCCGAGGGUCAUAUCUCCCUCUUUCUGAAUCAUGGCAGCCACGGCAAGACGGGCGAUGCCAUGACAAAGUUCAAGAUAAGCGUACUCGACAAGGCCUGGAAGCCGUCGUACACUGAAACAGGAAAAGAACGCUGCUUCACGGGCGGCGGUUGGGGCUGGAACAAAUUCAUGAAACAUGAGGACCUGGACAAGGAGAAACACCUCAAGGACGACUGCUUGUCCGUACUCUGCGACGUGACCAUCGAUCUCGGGCUGCGCGCCGACGACUACACCGAUGAGGCUGCGGCAGUGGACGGGCACAAGUCGGCGCCGCCGCAUUCGCCACCGUUCGACUUGCGCGGCGUAGCACUCGCGGAGGCACUCUGGAACACGCGGGCGGCGGACUUGAUGAUCCACCUCGGCGACGGGCAGACGAUCCCGGCGCACCGGUGGGUGCUGGAGGCCCGAUCCCCGGUCUUCAAGGCGGAUCUUGCCCACGCCUCCACAACCGGCGAGAACAUUGCUGAGCUACGCGUCGAUGGCAUGGACGCCGAGGUCUGCAAGGAGCUGCUCCAGUUCAUCUACACGGACUCGCCGCCUCAGCAGAUCGAGGUGGCGGUGGUGGAGGGGCUCCUUGCCGCGGCGGAUAGGUAUGAGCUGGAGAAGCUGAAGCUCGUCUGCGAGGAGGCGCUGUGCAAGAUCAUCGACACGAGAUCUGUAGCCGCUACCCUGGCGCUGGCGGAGCGGCACCGCUGCCCGGCGUUGAGGGAGGCGUGCAUGCAAUUCCUCUCUUCUCCCGGUAACCUGAAGGCCGUCAUGGCGUCUGACGGUUUCGAGCAGCUCAAGACGGGCUGCCCCUCCGCCCUGCUGGAGCUCCUCGUGAAGAACAUGCUGACACAUGAGCAGCAGAUUAGUACCAGCAGCCAGAUAGAUAGUUACUCCAAUCGUACAAAGUGA